AUGAAUUCAACGGCCCUCAAGCAGCCUGUAAAGCCCACAGUGUACAAAGAACCAGCGGAGAGAAAUGCUGGUCUCGGGUUUGCGUCUUCCAUCCUCAACGGAAACACCAUCGAGGGAGGACUUCGGUCAUUAACAUACAAAUCCAUCUAUGCACUGAAACUCGUGGAAGAGUUGGAUACAAUGAGAAAUGCGCUUAUACAGCCCACACCAGAGCUCUUGAGGAUCUCUGAGUUUGAUGUGAUCUCGCUGGAACGGGUGCAGCAGCUCCACUCGGAGAUCGAAGAGGUUAAGAACGCCAAAACAGCUAGAAACCACGCAAAUGACGAAAAGAUUCUGCAGUUCAACCUCUCGUUGGACACCGAGCUUGACACAAACAAAUUGGUCAGCGAACAGUACAGUAGUGAAGUCAAAAAGUACUACCUGGACAUGAUUCCUGAUAUGACUGUCAGCUUCAACAACAGCACCCAUAGCGUCACCAAGAUCAAGUGUCCCGUGGAUAUCACCAGAAUGGAGGACGUGGAGGGGUUUGACAAGUCGAUUUACGAAAGAGCUGCCGAACGUAGAGAGUUGGAGGAGAAAAAACGCCAGGAGGAAGAGGCGUUACGCAUUUUGGAAGAAGAGAGAAAACGCCAGGAAGCCGAAGCUGCUCAAGCUGCCCAAGCUGCCCAAGCUGCUGCUGACCUUGUGGUAGCCGAAACUGCUGACACACGCAUGCAUCUUGACGAAGACUACCUGUCGUACUCGGCAAGUCCCAGCAUGGACCAGCUUUCACCAGUAGUUCAAGACUCACCAUAUCUGCAAGCUCAGAGUCCCUACUAA